AUGAAGAAAGAAGAGGUGGAGAGAGCUGAUACUACCUUCACCUACUGCACAGUUUUGCCUCAGGCUAGUGCUGUCCUGCCUGUUGGGAGACUGCUGUCACUCAGAGAACCAGAGGAGGUACAGAAACAUUCCGUGCACACACUUGUGUUCAGGUCAUUGAAGAGGACCCGUGACAUGUUUGUAGCUGAUAAUGGAAAACCUGUGCCUAUGGAUGAAGACAGUCACAAACGAGAAAUGGCAAUCAAGCUUCGUAAUGAGUAUGGGCCUGUGUUGCAUAUGCCUACUUUAAAAGAAAAUUUUAAAGAGAAGAGCCUUCAGAAUUCAUCAGAUUCAUAUGGUCACAAACAAUAUCCUGCCAAUCAAGGCCAAGAAGUUGAAUACUUAGUGAUGGGUACACAUCCAUACCCACCAGGACCUGGGGUUGCUUUGACAGCGGAUACUAAGAUUCAACGAAUACCAAGUGAAUCAGCUGCACAAUCUUUAGCUGUGGCAUGACCUUCUCCUCAGGCCAGGGUUGAUGCAAAUCGCACUGCCCCUGUUGGAAGUGAAUACCGACAUCCUGGGGCCUCUGACCGGUCACAGCCUCCAGUGAUGACUUCAGUUAUUAUGGAGGCUGGCAAUGCCAAGAACUCUGCACUGAUAACCAAAAAAGCCCCUACAAUGCCAAGACCCCAGUGGCACCCACCUUGGAAACUGUACAGGGUCAUCUGUGGGCACCUCGGCUGGGUUCGCUGUAUUGCUGUGGAACCUGGAAAUCAGUGGUUUGUUACUGGAUCUGCCAACAGAACUAUAAAGAUCUGGAACUUGGCUAGUGGCAAAUUAAAACUGUCAUUGACGGGGCAUAUCAGUAUAGUGCGUGGUGUGAUCGUAAGCACAAGAAGCCCACACCUGUUCUCUUGUGGAGAAGACAAACAAGUAAAAUACUGGGAUCUUGAAUAUAAUAAGGUUAUAAGACACUAUCAAGGACAUCUAAGUGCCAUGUAUGGUUUGGAUUUGCAUCCAACAAUAGAUGUGCUGGUAACCUGUAGUCAAGAUUCAGCUGCACGGAUUUGGGACAUAAGAACUAAAGCCAGUGUGCACACUUUAUCUGGACAUACAAAUGCAGUUGCUACAGUGAGAUGUCAAGCUGCAGAACCACAGAUUAUUACUGGAAGCCAUGACACUACAAUACGAUUAUGGGACUUGGUGGCUGGAAAAACAAGAGUCACACUAACAAAUCACAAAAAAUCAGUCAGGGCUGUGGUUUUACAUCCAAGACAUUACACAUUUGCAUCGGGUUCUCCAGAUAACAUAAAACAGUAGAAAUUCCCUGAUGGAAGUUUCAUUCAAAAUCUUUCUGGUCAUAAUGUUAUUAUUAACACAUUGACGGUGAAUUCUGGUAGAGUGCUGGUAUCUGGAGCUGAUAAUGGCACUAUGCAUCUUUGGGGCUGGAGAACUGGCUACAAUUUCCAGAGAGUUCAUGCAGCUGUGCAACCUGGGUCUUUGGAUAGUGAAUCAGGAGUAUUUGCUUGUGCUUUUGAUCAGUCUGAAAGUCGAUUACUAACAGCUGAGGCUGACAAAACCAUUAAAGUGUACAGAGAAGAUGAUACAGCGACAGAAGAAACUCAUCCUGUCAGCUGGAAACCAGAAAUAAUCAAGAGAAAGAGAUUUUAA